AUGGCCUCUAAAGAUGCACAGAACCAAAGAAGUAGAAGUCUCCCUGCUUUUCUUCCUGGAGCUCCAGAUCCAGACCACAGCCUUUGCAUCUCACCUUCCGGACCAGAGAACCAAGUGUGGCAGCCAGGUCUCCCUCUACCAGGCAGCCUUCCUCCUGGUCUAGAAUAUUUAAGUCAGUUAGACCUGAUAAUUAUACACCAGCAAGUGGAGCUUCUUGGAAUGAUACUUGGCACUGAAACCUCCAACAAAUAUGAAAUUAAAAACAGCUUGGGACAAAGAAUUUACUUUGCAGUGGAGGAAAGCAUCUGCUUCAAUCGCACUUUCUGUUCCACAAUGAGAUCUUGCACUCUGCGGAUCACGGAUAACUCAGGUCGAGAAGUGAUUACAGUAAACAGGCCGUUGAGGUGUAACAGCUGCUGGUGCCCUUGCUACCUACAAGAGUUAGAAAUCCAAGCCCCUCCUGGUACCAUAGUUGGUUAUGUUGCACAGAAGUGGGACCCCUUUGUGCCUAAAUUCACAAUUCAAAAUGCAAACAAAGAAGAUAUUUUGAAAAUUGUUGGUCCUUGUACAACAUGUGGCUGUUUUGGUGAUGUGGAUUUUGAGGUGAAGACCAUUAAUGAAAAGCUUACAAUUGGAAAGAUUUCAAAAUACUGGUCAGGGUUUGUAAAUGAUGUCUUCACCAAUGCUGACAACUUCGGGAUUCACAUUCCUGCAGACCUAGAUGUGACAGUCAAAGCAGCAUUGAUUGGUGCUUGUUUUCUCCUCGAUUUUAUGUUCUUUGAACAUUCACUGGCUGGAUUAUAA